AUGGUGCACCCAUGUACGAGGGAGCAAAACCUGCUUGAUAAGACUCAGGCCAUCGUGCAAAGCCUUGAUAUCAACCCAAGCCAGUCGCGUGAUAUAUCAGCACGGUUCGUUGACUUGCUCAGGGCGGGAUUGACACAGAAUGCUCCCAUCCAGAUCCCGUCCUAUGUCACCCGCUUACCGUCAGGUUCCGAGUCCGGCACCUAUCUCGCCGUCGACCUCGGCGGUACCAAUUGCAGGGUAUGUUCAGUUGAGUUGCAUGGCGAUUCGACGUAUACAGUCGUCAAAUCCACGAGCUCCGUCCCGCGAGAGGUCAGGUUCAAUCCGAGUCACAGGCCGUUGUUUGGCUUCAUCGCAGAGCAGAUCCACAAGUUCCUCCAGGAACAGUUUCCGACCGAGUUAAAAUCACGGCUAAAGAAGGGCAAGGGAGGUGCUUCUCCUAGAUCGGACUUCUGGGGUCUGGGGUUCACCUUCAGCUUUACAUGCCAUCAGCAAUCUCCAAGGGAUGGUCGCCUACUACGGUGGGACAAGGAUUGGGAUAUUCCAGAUGCAAUUGGGCAAAAUCCUUGCGACAUGCUUCAAGUCGCCAUUGACGCCCUCUGUCUCCCCGUUCAUGUGGCCGUACUCGCCAAUGACAGCGUAGGAACAUUGUUGACCCGGUCAUAUACCACUUCAACGUCUUCCUGGCCACCUAUAUCUGCCAUUUUCGGAACAGGAACCAACGCCGCAUACGUUGAACGCCUGGAAAAUGUGAAAAGAGUGCAUGACCAGCCCGAAUUUGCGCAGCGGGAGCCCGGCGACUUCAUGAUCAUCAACACCGAAUGGGGUGGCCUGGAUGAUGAAAUGAAGAUCUUACCAAGCACACCAUACGACGUGCAGUUGGAUAAGGAAUCUGUUCAUCCAGGUGACCAGAUGCUCGAAAAGCGCGUAGCUGGAUUAUACCUGGCCGAGCUUUUCCGGUUGGUACUAAUGGCCGUCUGGAAGGACGGUCUCUUUGAUAUGAUCCUGGAUGGCGACUCCCCCGUUUUCAGACAUAAGGGCCUGCACAGUUCCUUUCUGUCGCAGAUAGCGAACACACCUCAUCGGGCGCUCAAAAGUGUUGUGUCGCAGAUGUUUGGAGCCACUGGUAUGUCUGACAACGAUAUCGAUGCGAUUCGACGGCUGGCAGCAGCAGUCGUCCGACGUUCAGCGCGUCUCGCGGGAAUACUGUUGACGGCAACAAUCAUUGCUGCGGGCCAUAUCAAUUCGACUUCAUUGAUGCGGAAAAGACCAAGUGUAUACCGUGUGACAGAACACACUGAGCCACGGAUUUCGAGCAAAAGUGAAGGUCGGGGCUUAUCAUUUGGCCGCCUCAUGAGCUGGUUAAAGAAAGCGGUGUGCAUCCCACCUAAAAGUGGAAAUGGAAGUACGGCAAAGCUCCAAUCCACGUCACCCUCUUCUUCUAGCGCUGUUCUUGGCUGGGAAGACAACGAUACGAUCGACGUGGGCGUGGAUGGCUCCCUGAUCCAACUCUAUCCGGAAUUCGAGGCAGAAAUGCGGACAGCAAUGAGGAACAUACCCGACAUUGGACAACAAUUAGAGUCACGCCUUAGCAUUGGAUUCGUCCAAGACGGAUCUGCGGUGGGUGCUGCACUUAUGGCAUUGGGAGUGACGUCUGAGACGUGA